AUGUCGAUCGUAAAGAGACCCACCAUCAAGAACCGAAGGAUAUCUUCUUCACCCUCGCCGCCAGGCAGUCCUCACCCCGCAUAUGACCCAAUCCGGAUGGAACCUGUGGCUCGUCUGGAUACCAGCUCAGCCGUACCUCUUUCAAUCAAGCAAGUUGAUCUGGAUGGCUACGAUAUCGUCCCUCCAGUUCCAGCAUUUCACAAUACAUUUGAUCUGCCAGCCUUAGGAGGCCUUUACAGCUUUCAAGAGCUCCAAGAUGACAUCGCCAAGUCCAUCUCGGCACAGAACGGCCUCGCUCAUCGUCGCCUGGAAGCAAAGCGAGACUUCUACUUCAAAUUGUCGGCCCACUAUAAACGCCAUACAGACGAGAAACGGCAGGACGUGCGUGUCACGGCGCAGAAUUGGGAUGAGCUGAGACUGCUGCUGCUGAGUGAUGAGGUCCAUGUUGCGUGCUUCUCUGUCUUAUGGUGGAAGAAGACGACAGGACAGAGAAGGGCCGAUCGAGCAGAGGCCCUUGAUGGGUUCUUCUAUGGCUCUUUGCCGAAUCUCAUCUUCAAGAUGAUUCGAGUUACGCGUUUUGGCGCAUCACUUCGAACACACCUCAGGAACGACAGCUAUACAGAAGUGGCCUGA